AACGCAUGAAAAGGACUUCUGCCAGCCGUACAGAGGCAUUGCUUGUGCUCGCUUCAUAGGCAACAGAAGUAUUUAUGUGGAGUCCCUGCAGAUGCAGGGAGAAAGCGAAAACCGCAUCACCGCGGCCUUCACCAUGAUUGGCACCUCUACCCAGCUUUCAGACCAGUGCUCUGAGUUUGCCAUUCCUUCCUUCUGCUAUUAUGUCUUCCCGCUGUGCGAGGAGGGCACCAGAGGUCCAUGGAAGCGCCAGCUCUGCCGUGAUGAGUGUGAGGCUUUGGAGAACGACUUGUGUCAUGCCGAGUAUACUAUUGCACGCUCCAACCCUCUCAUCCUCAUGCAGCUCGAACUGCCCGCAUGCAACCUGCUUCCUCAACCUGGCUCCCCCGAAGCAGCCAGUUGCAUUCGUAUUGGCGUGCCAUCUCAACAUUCACCCCCAGAUCACAGGUGUUACAAUGGAAGUGGCGCUAACUACAGGGGCACAGUCAGUGUCACAAAAUCAGGCUACCAGUGCCAACCCUGGAGUACACAGUAUCCACACAGUCACUACCUGACCCCUACUGAGUACCCUGAACUCAGAGGAGGUCACAAUUUCUGCAGGAAUCCUGGUGGGCAAAUGGAGAGCCCUUGGUGUUUCACCUUGGACCCUAAUGUUAGAGUUGAUGUCUGUGACAUUCAGCCCUGCAAGCCACCAGAGAAAAUGAAGAAGGAGAUACUGUAUAUUCUAAUUCCCAGCAUAGCUACACCUUUAGUUAUCGCCUGCUUAUUCUUCUUAGUGUGCAUGUGUCGCAACAAGCAAAAGGAGUCUGCUGACACACCUAUUCGCGGGCAACUUACCGCCUCACCAAGUCAAGAAAUGGAGCUACCUCUUCUAAAUCAGCAUAAGCAUCAGCCAAAGCUCAGAGAAAUCAAUCUGUCUGCUGUUCGAUUUAUGGAAGAGCUUGGAGAGGACUGUUUUGGCAAAGUCUACAAAGGUCACCUCUACGGUACAGCCCCAGGUGAACAGACCCAGGUGGUGGCCAUAAAGACAGUAAAAGACAAAGAUGAGGGUACCCUGCGUGAAGAAUUCCGCCAUGAGGCCAUGCUCCGUUCCCGCCUACAGCACCCCAAUAUCGUCUGCCUUUUAGGCGUGAUAACUAAAGAACAGCCCAUGAGCAUGAUCUUCAGCUAUUCAGGCCAUGGUGACCUUCAUGAGUUCCUGGUCAUGCGGUCCCCACACUCAGAUGUGGGCAGUUCAGAUGACGAUAGGACAGUGAAAUCCACCCUGGAGCAAGCCGACUUCUUACACAUUGUCACACAAAUAGCAGCUGGAAUGGAGUAUCUUUCCAGUCACCACAUGGUACACAAAGAUCUGGCUACUCGCAACAUCCUGGUCUGUGAUAAGCUCAAUGUGAAGAUCUUGGACCUUGGGCUGUUUAGAGAGGUCUACUCUGCUGACUACUACAAGUUGAUGGGCACUAGUCCAUUCCCUAUUCGUUGGAUUUCCCCAGAAGCCAUACUGUACGGCAAGUUUUCCACUGAUUCAGACAUUUGGUCCUAUGGAGUGGUUUUGUGGGAAAUUUUUAGCUAUGGCCUUCAGCCUUACUGUGGCCAUUCUAACCAAGAUGUGAUUGAGAUGAUACGCAACAGACAAGUACUUUCCUGCCCAGAUGACUGUCCAGCCUGGAUUUACACGCUUAUGUUAGAGUGCUGGAAUGAGUUCCCAGCACGGAGGCCACGGUUCAAAGAUAUACAUGCACGUUUGCGCACCUGGGAGAGCUUGUCCAACUACAACAGCUCUGCACAGACCUCAGGGGCGAGCAACACCACUCAGACCAGCUCCCUGAGCACAAGCCCUGUCAGUAACAUCAGUAACGCCCGCUACAUUAGUCCCAAAAAGAUGUCCCAUUUUCCUCAGCCUCAGUUUAUGCCUAUGAAGGGCCAGAUGCGCCAAAUGGUACCACCUCAGCUCUACAUUCCAGUCAAUGGCUACCAGCCAGUACCAGCCUAUCCAUAUCUGCAAAACUUCUACCCCAUGCAGAUCCCAAUGCAGAUGCCUCCACAGCAGUUGCACCCACAAAUGGUUGCCAAGGCUGGAUCGCAUCACAGUGGUAGUGGCUCCACCAGCACAGGCUAUGUCACUACAGCCCCCUCCAACGGAUCUGUUACAGAGAAGUCAGCUUUUAUGAAUGAAGACCAAAAGGCAGCCGUGGACGAUUUAGCUGAUGGAGCCUCUCAAAAUGGUCUGCACAGUGAGGACUUGUCUGUUCCUGAGACAGAGCUCUUGGGAGACAAUGACAGUCCACACACAGAGGAUAAUGAGAUCAACUUGGAGGCAUAGGCCACCUUAUGGAUCAAAUAAAAAACAAUUCUGUGAAAAGCACAUUUUACAUAGCUUUUUGUGCAAGUUUAAAAGGUGAAGGGAAACUGGUAAAUGACACAUGAACAUAAUGUUAUUUAUGUGUUUUUUUUGGCAGCCACUGACGUAUAGUAAAAACACAUGCUGCUCUUUGGACAGUAAUCCCAGCUUCACCCUUGAGCUGCCUUUUUUUGUUGUCUGUGAUGAAGAAUCUGGCUUUCACCCGUUCAGCAAAGGACUGUGUAUACAGUAUGUAUUGUUGCAAAGCUAUUCAGAAGAAUUUAUGUUCUUACUGUUGCUGUGCAACAUGGAACAUCUUUAAGGAUUUUGCUGGGAACCACCUAUUAAUGUACUUUAACCUGCUUUAUAGUUGACAUUGUCAUCAUCUUUAUGGACACAUUGCUUAAUGCCACAUCUAAUAAUUGUUUCAUUAGAUUAAAAACAAGUAUUUUUAUUUGCUUAAUCUUAACUUGUGGUGAACGGCUUAGUCAAUGAAUCACCUGACUUCAUGCUUGAGAAAAUAAUGUGCAUAAUGAAAACUGCACCAUGGAUCACAGUAUGGAACUAUGAAAGAUGUGAUUGCUGAUGCCAUACAUUUGGUGUGCUUAUUUUUUAACAUUGAAUUCUCUUUAAAGGGAUAGUUCACCCCAAAAUUUAAAAUUCUGUCAUUGAUUACUCACUCUCUAGUUGUUCCAAACCUGUAUAAAUGUCUUUGUUUGGUUGAACUCAGAGAAAGGUAUUCGGACGAAUGCUUGUAAUCAAACAAUUCUUGGACCUCAUUGACUACCACAGUAGGAAAAAUUGCAAUAGUUUUCGAAAGUGCCCCAGAACUGUUUGCUGUCCUACAUUCUUCAAAAUAUUAUAUUUUGUGUUUAACAGAACAAAACAAAAAAAUUAAGUAAUUUUUCCUAUGGUAGUCAAUGGGGUCAUUGUUUGGUUAUAAGCAUUCUUCCAAAUAUCUUUCUCUGUGUUUAUCAGAACAAAGAAAUUUAUACAGAUUUGGAACAACUUUAAAGUAAGUAAAUAAUGACAGAAUUUGUAUUUUUGGGCGAACUAUUCCUUUAAGUGUUGUAACUGUUUUGUCCUAUUUGCUGCCAUUUUAUUUAGCCAUUACUUCAAAGUCUUACCAACCAGAUAUCUGCUUUUCAUCCAGAUUUUAUUAAUGCUCAUUAAAGGUAUUGGAUACUCUGUGGGUUUGUAUGUACAUAAUAUACAUUUGUGUGCCUUUUUCAACAUUUAGUUGUAUUAAAUUGAAGCUGGAAAUCUAGAUAUAGGAAAAACAUUUCCCUUGCUAUUGCAAUUAAAACAAUACAGUAACAUGUAGGUCUGCUUUGUACAUUGUAAACUUCCAGUACUCAGAAUAUGCAUUACAUAUUAAAUAAUAUGAGAAUGAAAAUCUGACUUCGAUUACACAGUUAUUUUAUGUUUAUUGGCUGUAAUCGAAUAAACAGCAU